AUGGCAGCGGCUCUAUACCGAUUCAUCAGCAAAUCCUCAGACAAGUGCCACGCAUUCUUCCAUGCUUUGAAGGGAAAAAGCCGACGCAGCUUCGAGUGGACUUCGGAUUGUGACGCCGCUUUAGCCGAACUCAAAGAAUACUUAAACUCGGCCCCUCUGAUGGUAAAAUCCAAGGAGUUCGAAACUUUAUAUCUCUACCUCGCCGUGUCCGCCCACGCAACCAGUUCUGCACUCGUGCGGCGGGAUGGCGCCAUUGACAUGCCAAUAUACUUCACAAGCAAGACGCUUCUCCCAGCUCAAACUUGUUACCUGCCACUUGAAAAGGUCUUCAAGUGGGCAGUAGAGCUAGCAAACUUUGAUAUCCGUUUCGAACCACAAACGGCAAUCAAAGGACAAGUUCUUGCUGACUUCAUUACUAAACUUACUCCAGAAGAUACUGAACUUCUCAACAUACCCAUCCCAACACACACCGUCGCCGAGCAUCAAUUGUUGCCGAAACCUUGGCACCUUUUCCAAGGUGACAUCUGGCGUCUGCAUGUUGACGGAGCAUCCAACAGCAACGGAGCAGGGGCCGGGGUCGUCCUAGUCUCCCCCUGUGGAACACUACACGAAAGUGAUAUCAACAUCGACUUCCCCGCCACCAAUAACGAAGCUGAAUAUGAAGCGCUCCUAGCUGGCUUACGCUUUGCGGUUGCGAUGGAAAUUUCCAACCUUGUCAUUUACUGUGACUCCCAACUCAUAGUUAACCAAGUACUGGGGGACUAUGAGGCUUGGGAUCCGCAGAUGUCAAAAUACCAGGCAACCGUAGCCGAACUGAUCACCCACUUCCACAAUUUCAAAAUCGAACAGAUCAACCGCGAACACAACGCGCAUGCCUACGCACUCAUUGGCCUUGCCUCAGCUUCUAAAGCCACCGAAUUCCGGACAAUCAGCUUCAGCAACAUCGACCACCCAAGCUUUGAUGCCACUCCAAAGGUUCUCAACGUUGAACUCGGCCCAAGCUGGAUGGACGAGAUAAUUGUGUUUCUCAAACAUGAUACUCUACCAGUAGACAAAAAGGAAGCUUAUCGCAUCAGGAACAAAGCCGCUUACUACUGGCUCUCUGAAAGCGGCCAACUCUACAGGAAAUCUAUCUCCGGCCCAUAUCUCCUCGUGGUCCACCCAACCCAAGUUCAAGAGAUUCUCGCCGAACUUCACUCAGGGAGUUGUGGCUGCCACUCCGGCGGCCGAUCACUUUGCCAACGAGCAUUGAGUCAGGGAUACUUCUGGAAAAACAUGAAGAAAGACUGUGAAGACACUGUUCGCAAAUGCCGACCAUGCCAACUUUUUUCUCCCAUUCCAAAGCAACCCGCCCAGAACCUCUCCCCCAUCACCAGUCCUUGGCCCUUUGCACAAUGGGGGCUUGAUAUCGUCGGAAAACUGCCAACAGCUCCAGGAGGAUUCAAGUUUGGAGUCCCUUACGCCAUUGUAUCAGACAACGGAAGCCAAUUCAUUGGUAAAGACCUCACCAGCCUCUGUGUCAAAUUUGGGAUACGCUUCUUCAACUCUACUCCAGCAUACCCACAAGGGAAUGGACAAGCCGAGGCAACAAACAAGACUGUCUGCGCCGGGAUCAAGCGCCGAUUAAACUCCAAGAGAGGAAAAUGGGCUGAGGAACUACCACGUGUUCUUUGGGCUUACCGUUCUACCCCCCGGCGCUCAACAGGCCAAACUCCCUUUUCAAUGGCAUUCGGUAUGGAGGCGGUAAUUCCACUAGAAUCCAAGUUCCCCACUCUGAGAACAGAAAACUUCGACCCAAAGACUAAUGAUGACGCCAUAGAAUAG